GUCCUCCUCUCACAUUGAUAUUUCAGGAUUCUCUCCUCUCCUCCCCUUAAUAGCUAAAAUUUCAGUUGAAGAAGAAAGAGAGCGAGAGCUGACUCACUGAGUCAACUCGGAAGAAGAAGAAGAAUCAAGAUGUUCCAACCCAACAACAACAACCAGCUUCCAAUCAAGUCAUUACCUAUUCAAGAUCCAUCAGCACCGAUGCAAGUGGAUAAAAAAGAAACUAGCAUAGUCUUGAAGGAUGAAACGCAAAAUGGAGGAUUCGCGCAAGCAGAAUCUAUCAUCUUCUACACUAAGAGACUUCAAGAUGAUUUGCAUGAGAUGGGGUUGAAAGUAAAACAGCAUGAGGAGGACAUGAAACUUCUGAGGUCUCAGAAAAACAAAUUAGAAGAAUCUAUUCUUGAUCUGCAAGUUAUGUUAGGCAACUAUCAUUCCUCAACCACAACUACUACUGCAAAUGAUAACCAUAGUCAGGAGGAAACAAUUAAAAAGAUUCUUCAGUGCGAGAAGUCAGCUGCAGGCAUUUUAUGGCAGCUGAAAGCUCGUCACGGUAAUCAGGCUGCGGAUCUUCCCCUGACCAAGGAUAUUGUGGGUAUUGUUGCGAUGCUUGGGAAAGUAGAUGAUGAUAAUCUUAGCAGGCUUUUGUCAGAGUACUUGGGACUGGAGACUAUGUUAGCAAUUGUCUGCAAGACUUAUGAUGGUGUCAGAGCUCUAGAAUUGUAUGACAACGAAGGUUGCAUAAACCUGAAUUCCGGUCUUCACGGGCUUGGUACUUCUAUUGGGAGGAAAUUGGAAGGUCGGUUUCUGGUCAUUUGUCUUGAAAAUUUAAGACCAUAUGCUGGUGAGUUUGUACAUAAUGACCCCCAACGGAGGCUUGAUAUUCUAAAACCAAGGUUGCUGAAUGGGGAGUGUCCACCUGGAUUUCUUGGCUAUGCUGUAAAUAUGAUCAAUGUGGAUAGCACAAAUUUAUUUUGUCUCACAGCCAGUGGACACGGCCUGAGAGAGACUCUACUUUAUAGCCUCUUUUCUCGCUUGCAAGUGUAUAAAACAAGAGCAGAUAUGGUAUCUGCUCUUCCUUGUAUAACUGAUGGAGCCAUUUCUUUAGAUGGUGGGAUGAUUCAGAGGACUGGUGUGUUUUCCCUUGGCAACAGGGAAGACAUAGGUGUGAAGUUUCCAAAGCUCUCAGUGGCAUCAGGCCUGCCCGAAAGCUAUCUAGAAACAGAAAGACAAAUCAAUGAGUCGAAAUGGAGAAAAGAAAAAUUGAUUGAAGAUACGAAGAGAGUACAGGCAUUAUGGGACAAUGCAAAAUUCAAUUUUGACAGAAAGAAAAAAGAGUUCCUCAAGUUCCUGGCUGAUAGUUCAUCUUAUGCAACUCAGGCAACUCAGCAUCAAAUUAUGGGGGCGCAGAAUAGAUUUACCUCGAGCUGACGAGUACAUUGAAGAAACCAGGCUACCAACAAACGAUUGAAAAGGGGCAGCCUUCAGAAAUUUGUCUAGUUGAUCUUUGGGCUGAUACUCCAUCUGUCAUGUGAAAGCAAAAACAUGCGUUCACGAGUGGAGUGAGAGUGGAAUUAGAUUCAGCUUCUUAGGUCACUUGGUCCUCAAUUUUUUCCUGACUUUUGUGGAUAAAUGGACUAAUGCGUCCAUUCCAUUCAAACGCUACCAUUGAAUCUUUGUAGUUUUCUUUUACAAGGUGAAAUAAUUUGCUUCUUUCUUCCAA